CAAAGUGGCGUGUUAAAUUGGUAGCUGUAUUUAUAAAGCCUGCUUGUGUUCUCUUUGCAAAAAGCAGUAGAUUAAUAUUCGCCUAUGGCCCUCUUUUUGGGCUGGUGAACAACUAGCUAACCAGUGUGGACUUGAGACUCCAGCGUGCUCGGGAAUGAAUAGGUCAUUGUUUACAGUGAGACAGUUUCUGUCACUGAGGCGCAGUGUGAGUUUCUCUGCUGUGUGUUGUCAGGUGAUGACCAACCCAGAGGACAUUUCCAAACUCUACAGAGAGCUCAGCCUCUUCCCUUCUCUGGGCAGAGCCGAUGUGGGACCUGUCAUUACCUCCCAGUAUGGAGGCAAAUACAGCAACAUUUACACAGAGUGGAGCCAGCGUGAUCUGGAGAGGAAUGAAAAUGUCAAGUUUUGCCGGCAGUACAUUGUGUUCCACGAUGACAAGUCAGUGGUUUACUCUGGGCCUUCAGGAAACUGCACUGAGAUAAAGGGAGAAUUGCUGAGUAAAGAUUCUCCCUCAGGCGAAAUGAAAGCUGUGGUCAGAGAGUGCACAGUCAAAGGAGAGGACAAACAGUUUCUGGAGAUCUGGAGUAAAAACAUCAAGAUGAAGAGCAUCAACCUAACAGCCUUAAAGAAGCACGGCAAAGUCUAUGAGGAUGAGCAGUUUGGCUGCCUGGUGUGGUCCCAUUCUGAGACCCAUCUCCUGUAUGUGGCAGAGAGGAAGAGGCCCAAGGCUGAGUCCUUCUUCCAGACAGAAUCACCGGAGUCAUCUUCUAUUGGGGACGAGGAGGAGAGCAUGAAAGUGGACAAGAAGGAGGCCGUCAAAGGGGAGCAGUUUGCUUUCUAUGAGGACUGGGGAGAGACCCUGGUCAAUAAGAGUUGUCCUGUGCUCUGUGUGUUGGACAUCGAAGGCAACAAUGUCUCCGUGUUGGAGGGAGUGCCUGAACAUAUCUCACCUGGACAGGCAUUUUGGGCUCCAGGUGACACAGGUGUGGUAUUUGUGGGCUGGUGGCACGAGCCUUUCAGACUUGGCCUCAAGUACUGCCCCAACCGGAGGUCCUCCUUGUUCUAUGUGGAUCUUACUGGUGGGAAAUGUGAGCAGCUGUCGUCAGGCACCAGUGCAGUGUGCUCUCCUCGGCUGAGCCCAGACAGGUGUAGGAUUGUCUACCUGGAGUGUGCCGUUUAUGGACCACACAUGCAGUGCAGCAGGCUCUGUAUGUAUGACUGGUACACUAAGAAGACCUCAGUGGUGGUGGAUGUGGUAAAGAGACCUGGAGAGGAUGGCUUUGCUGGUAUCUACAGCUCCCAGUUGUCCCCUCAGUGCUGGUCUGCUGACAGCCAGCGUGUCCUCAUUGCCUGUCCCCAGCGCAGCCGCAAGGAUCUGCUGGUGGUGGAUAUAAACACAGGGAGCAUCACCUCCCUGACUUCCAAUUCCAGUAUAGGGAACUGGUGUUUGCUGAACAUCGAGAGAGAUCUGAUGGUUGUCAGCUGCUCCUCUCCAAACAGCCCCCCAUGUCUGAGAGUGGGCUUUCUGCCAGCUAGUGGUUCCCAGGAGGAAGUGGUUUGGGUUACUCUGGAGGAGUCACAGUGCCAGUCAGACAUCGACUGGAAGAUCCUGACCUUCACCCCGCCACCAGAGCAAGACAACAGCCAAUAUCCUGGGCUGAAUUUUGAAGCUUUGCUACUCAAGCCAAAGGAGGUGAAGGAGGGCGUGAAGCUGCCCCUCAUCGUCACCCCUCAUGGUGGUCCUCACUCUGUGAUUGUAGCAGACUGGCUUCUGUCCUCCUCUGUGCUAUGUAGGAUGGGCUUUGCCAUAUUACUAGUGAACUAUCGUGGCUCUAUUGGCUAUGGCCAAGACAGCAUCCUGUCUCUGCCUGGCAACGUGGGCACCCAAGAUGUCCAAGAUGUUCAAUUUGCUGUUGAGAGCAUUCUGAAAAAUGGGGAGUUUGACAACGAGAAGGUGGCGAUUGUUGGGGGUUCCCAUGGUGGUUUCCUGGCCUGUCAUCUGAUUGGCCAGUACCCAGGGUUCUACAAGGCCUGUGUAGUUCGUAAUCCUGUCACCAAUAUGGCAUCCAUGAUCGGCUGUACAGACAUCCCAGACUGGUGCAUGUUUGAGGCUGGCUUCGACUACAGCACAGACUGUCUACCUGACCCUGCUGUUUGGGAGCAGAUGUUGAACAAGUCCCCCAUCAAGCACAUCAAACAGGUGAAAACUCCAGUAUUGUUCACUUUGGGAGAAGAUGACAAGCGUGUGCCUACCAAGCAAGGCAUCGAGUACUACAGAGCUCUGAAAGCACUGAACGUCCCAGCCCGGUUGCUGUGGUACCCAGGAAACAACCACUCCCUUUCCAAAGUGGAUGCUGAAUCAGAUGGUUUUAUGAACAUCGCUCUGUGGAUGAUUCAGCACCUGUACCAGUGAUGCUGCUCAAAUGAAUGUUACUGUGCUAAAGCUACAUUUGCUACCAGGAUAACAUUGUGGGACUCAGCUAUGUCAGAGACUUUCACUUCCUGUUUUAAAGGACAUUGUACAGUCCAAUUGAAAACCAAAGCACUG